AUGUCCCUGGAUCCUGACGCUACCAUCAAAACUCUCGGUAUACGGUGGAGUCCUCGGGACGACACACUCUUCUACACUAUUAGCGCGCCUGCUUCCGAGGCCACUACCAAGCGUGCAAUUUUAUCACAAAUUGCGAAACUAUUUGAUCCACUAGGCCUCCUUGGCCCUAUAAUUGUCUAUGCUAAGAUAAUAAUGCAACUUUUGUGGAAGGCUGGACUUGCCUGGGAUGAAUCAAUCCCGAUCUCAAUUCACUCACUAUGGGCCCAAUUUCGGGCCCAGUUGUCUAUGAUUGAAGAGCUGCGGUUCAAGCGCAGCGUUGCUUUCUCGGGAGCAGUCGAUGUCCAAUUGCAUGGAUUUUGUGACGCAAGCGAGCAAGCAUACGGAACAUGUAUCUACAUCCGCUCUAUCGAUGAGGCUGGGCAUGUUCGUACUCAUCUCGUUUGUUCAAAAUCACGAGUUGCCCCAGUGUCGUCACUAUCAUUACCUCGAUUAGAGCUCUGCGCUGCGUUAUUACUUUCCAGACUCUAUGACGUAGCUAUUAAAACCCUAUUGUUGGAUAUUAAGGACGUUUACUUAUGGUCUGACUCGACUAUCACACUUCAUUGGAUAAAUACCCCUCCUCAUCUACUAAAAACCUUCGUUGCCAAUCGAGUGGCGGAGAUUCAGAGGCUUUCUCAUCGUUGCCAUUGGCGCCACGUGUCUUCUCAAGACAAUCCCGCGGACUCUAUUUCGCGUGGCCAAACUCCGGCUGAGUUCGUUGCCAACAGCAUCUGGCAGACUGGCCCAAGUUGGCUGCAGUGCGAGCCUAGCACUUGGCCCAAGGGAGCUCUCCCUUCAAUCGACAUUCCAGAAAUGAAGCCUAUAAUUCCCGAUCGCGUACUUUGUAUGAAAAUAGAGUGCGGACUCAAUGAUCUGCUCGAAAAAUACCACUCUAGCCAUAAAUUAAAACGGGUAGUGGCUUACGUAAUGCGUUUUGUUUACAACGCUCGCCAUAAAAAUCAUCGCCGAUCCGAUCGAUUAAGUUUACAGGAGCUACAACAAGCUCAUGAUCUCAUAAUAAGGAUUACUCAGCACUCAGCCUUUCUGAAAGAAAUAAAGCAACUAAAAAACAAUGGAGUUAUCUCCGACAAUAGUAAAUUAAUUCCGUUAAAUCCCUAUCUUGACGAGCAAGAUCUCCUAAGAGUAGGAGGAAGGCUGGCUCGUUCCUCGCUAACUAAGGAGCAGCAACACCCCCUGCUCUUACCAGCUCGUCAUUAUAUAACGCGUCUUAUCAUAACCGGAGAACACGUGCGGCUGAAGCAUGCUGGCACUCAAGCCACCCUAUACUCAGUGCGUCAAACGUAUUGGCCCUUAGACGGUCGCAACAUUACGCGAAAAAUUAUCUAUCGUUGCAUUACCUGCUUUCGAGCGAAACCGCGUGCCGCUGAUCACGUCAUGGGAAUCCUGCCUGAACCCCGUGUCACCCCUUCCCGUCCUUUCCUCCGUGUUAGAGUCGACUACUGCGGUCCUUUAUACAUAAAGGAAAAACGCUUUCGCAAUCGUAGCCGAUUGAAGGUUUAUGUCGCAAUUUACGUAUGCAUGUCAACCAAAGCAGUUCACUUAGAACUAGUAAGUGAUCUCACCACCGAGGCCAUUAUUGGCAGCCUCCGAAGAUUGUUUUCAAGGCGUGGAAAAUCUCUCGAGAUAUACUCGGAUAACGCCACGAAUUUCGUCGGGACAAACCGUGAGCUUAAUGAACUGCAAACAUUGUUUAAUUCGGAGGAGCAUAAGAACUCCGUCCUAAGUUUUCUUACGUCCGAAAGGAUAACUUGGCAUUUUAUUCCCCCCCGUGCCCCCCACUUCGGUGGGCUCUGGGAGGCCGCCGUAAAAUCUUUUAAGCAUCAUCUGAUUCGUACAGUUGGUGAUACGCUGUUAACAUUUGAACAGCUCGAGACGUGCGUUAUAGAAAUAGAAGCAAUUUUAAAUUCCCGCCCUAUUUCUCCUAUGUCCUCUGAUCCAAAUGACCUGCUCUCCCUUACCGCUGGUCAUUUCCUAGUUGGUGGCCCUCUGACAAGCUUUCCUCAGGACGACCUCACCGAUACACCAUCUAAUCGCCUAUCAGCUUGGCAACAUGCUCAGCAGCUGAAGCAACAUUUUUGGAAGCGCUGGCACAAGGAAUACCUACACCAGCUCAUAACCCUGAGCGGGCACCUCGACAAAUCGAACGGUCUACAGGUUGGUUCACUGGUGCUUAUUGUGGAAGAAAAUCUUCCUCCACUUCAAUGGGCGCUAGGGCGCAUUACCGCAGUACAUCCCGGAGCAGACGGCAUCAUCAGGGUGGUUACCGUGAAGACUUCCACCGGCGAAUACAAACGCUGCACCAAACGCGUGUGCCCAUUGCCCCUUGACUAG